UGCUCAGAGGCUGGCGAUGCUGCAAACUGAAACUGCAAGCUUGCUCACGGUUACACUGCUCGGCUCUGCAGGUGAAGUGCGCUCCCUCGUUUGCCGGUAAAAACACAUUAGAGGGGAUCGUUCUCUUGGAAGCCACCACCGGAGGCACCACGGCUUGGACGGACACACUAAAAUACAAAGUGGCCGCCCAGCAAGUCUAUGGUGCCGUGAUGAGGAACAUUCUGGAGUGGACCUGCCUGCUGUUGCUCGCCGCCACGCCACGCGCUAACUGUCACAGUCCACCUGAGAAGCCAACGCUGACCAGGUGUCGCUCCCCAGAAAAAGAAACCUUCACCUGCUGGUGGCAACCUGGUUCAGACGGGGGACUGCCCACCACGUACGCCCUCUACUACCUGUAUUCUAGCACCGAUGCGGUGUACGAGUGUCCUGACUACUUCACGGCAGGGGAGAACUCGUGCUUCUUUAACAAAAACGACACGUCCAUCUGGGUCAACUACAACAUCACCGUGGUGGCCACCAACAGGCUGGGCAGCACCUUCUCCGACCCUGUGGACAUAGACGUGGUUUACAUUGUCCAGCCCAAUUCCCCUGAAAACGUGUCGCUGACCGUCAUGGAGGACAAAGGCUGGCCCUUCCUCCGGGUGGCAUGGGAACCGCCACCCAAGGCUGACACCCGCUCCGGCUGGAUCACGCUCGUUUACGAGAUUCGCAUCAGGCUGGAGGGAGAAAAUGAGUGGGUGAUCCAUGUGGCGGGCCAGCAGAAGCUGUUCAACAUUUUUAGUCUGCGGUCAGGCGGCUCUUACCUCGUUCAGGUGCGCUGCAAGCCCGAUCACGGCUUUUGGAGUGAAUGGAGUUCUGCCUCCGACAUCCGUUUUCCUGAUUAUUUCCAUCAAGAAAAGUCAACGUGGAUCGUCAUCACGGUGUUUUGUGCCUUCAUGGUCCUGACCGUCACGUGGUUGUUGCGCAUGAGUGGUCACAGCUUGAAGCAUUACCUGCUGCCACCUGUCCCGGGUCCUAAAAUAAAAGGAUUCAAUCAGCAACUUCUCAAGAACGGCAAGUCCGAAGAGGUCUUCAGCGCGCUGGUGGUGUCCGACUUCCCCCCGAUGUCGUCGUCGAACUACGAGGACCUUCUGGUUGAGUACUUGGAGGUCUACGUCCCGGACGAGCAGGAAGUGAAAAGCAAGGAGCUCCACGGCGGUUGUUUCAAGUCAGAGAGCUCCACAUCCGACAGUGACUCGGGCCGGGGCAGCUGCGACAGCCAUACCCUACUGAUGGACAAAUGUGGUCCGUCCAAUGGAAAUGGGGACCUUCCGAUGGGGACAGAGGAUCAGGUGGGAGGGCGAGACUGGGAUGCUAAAGAAGACAUGAGUGUUUUAGAUGUUGGGAGAGUGAAGACCUGGCCAUCAGUGUUCAGUCCGUUACCUACGAGUGCUUCAAGCCUGUUGAACCAGCAGAUCUCACGAGAGUUGACUAAGCAUCACUGCCUCUCAGACAGCAUGUUCUGCACACAGGGGGUUCUCGAACCAGAGUUCUCUUUGUGCUCCGCCCAGCUUGCGAUGCCACAGCUGAUCGAGUCCCGCAGUGACUUCAAUAUCCACAAACUGUCCGUAGAAAAGGACCGGGUCCAGACAGUGACGGAGGACACGGCCGCGAUCCUCCAGCCCUUCGUGCCCCAGGAGCGUGACUACAGUAAGGUGAGGCGGGUGGGCAGUGGCAACAUGCUGCUGCUCCAGAGAGUGUCGGAAAGAGGCCCGGAUGCCUGCGAGGAGAAGAGUAACUCAGCCGGGACUAAUGUCAAGUCUCCGUCGGUCUGUUUGCACUCCGCCAUGCAAGGGCAAAAGGACACUGUGCUGGCAACAAGCGGGUAUGUCGACACUGCUGCCAUGGUCCCAAUGACCACUUACUGAGUUGAGUGUACCAGUGGGGACGGUGUGGCGGAAUUGGGAGAGUGGCCGUGCCAGCAACCUGAGGGUUCCUGGUUCAAUCCCCACAUUCUACCAACCUCAUCACAUCCGUUGUGUCCUUGAGCAAGACACUUCACCCUUGCUCCUGAUGGGUCGUGAUUAGGGCCUUGCAUGGCAGCUCCCGCCAUCAGUGUGUGUGUGAAUGGGUGAAUGUGGAAAUAGUGUCAAAGCGCUUUGAGUACCUUGAAGGUAGAAAAGCGCUAUACAAGUACCGUAUUUUUCGGACUAUAAGUCACAGUUUUUUUCAUAGUUUGGCCGAGGGUGCGACUUAUACUCAGGAGCGACUUAUGUGUGAAAUUAUUAACACAUUACCGUAAAAUAUCAAAUAAUAUUAUUUAGCUCAUUCACGUAAGAGACUAGACGUAUAAGAUUUCAUGGGAUUUAGCGAUUAGGAGUGACAGAUUGUUUGGUAAACGUAUAGCAUGUUCUAUAUGUUAUAGUUAUUUGAAUGACUCUUACCAUAAUAUGUUACGUUAACAUACCAGGCACGUUCUCAGUUGGUUAUUUAUGCGUCGUAUAACGUACACUUAUUCAGCCUGUUGUUCACUAUUCUUUAUUUGUUUUAAAAUACCUUUCAAAUGUCUAUUCUUGGUGUUGGCUUUUAUCAAAUACAUUUCCCCAAAAAAUGCGACUUAUACUCCAGUGCGACUUAUAUAUGUUUUUUUCCUUCUUUAUUAUGCAUUUUUGGCCGGUGCGACUUAUACUCCGGAGCGACUUAUACUCCGAAAAAUACGGUACAACCCAUUUACCAUUGGUAUAGAAUGUCAUGUUGACCUCCCUCAGGUUUCUUGUAUACAAAAUAUUUUUGCGUCCAUAUGGAGACGAUUAAUUUUAAAGAAUGUCUAUCAAUGAGUUUUUGUGUAAAAAAAAAAAAGAAAAAAAAAGACCAUAUUAAUCCGGAUAUAAGACGACCCUGUAUUGAACUGUACAUAAGACGAUAUAUUACAAAUAUUUCUAAAGACACAACUAUACUUUUUUAUCAGUGAAAUAAAUGGGCUGCUUCACAGUUGUUUGAUGACUGCUUUGUAGAUCAUUAUAAAAAAAAAUUGGCAUUAUAACUCCUCCAUUGUUUACGUACCUGCCAAAUUACUUGUGUGUGUGUGUGUGUGUGUGUGUGUGUGUGUGUGUGUGUGUGUGUGUGUGUGUGUGUGUGUGUGUGUGUGUGUGUGUGUGUGUGUGUGUGUGUGUGUGUGUGUGUGUGUGUGUGUGUGUGUGUGUGUGAGUGACAGGAAGAUAAGCUUUCUGUAAAAUUUGUUUGACACCACCUGCUGGUUUGCUUGUUUAUAUCUCUUCAAACUAAAUAGGGUCUUAUCAAUCAAUCAAUCAAUCAAUCAAUGUUUAUUUAUAUAGCCCUAAAUCACAAGUGUCUCAAAGGGCUGUACAAGCCACAACGACAUCCUCGGUACAGAGCCCACAUACGGGCAAGGAAAACUCACCCCAGUGGGACGUCAAUGUGAAUGACUAUGAGAAACCUUGGAGAGGACCGCAUAUGUGGGUCACCCCCCCCCCCCCCCCCUCUAGGGGAGACCGAAAGCAAUGGAUGUCGAGUGGGUCUGACAUAAUAUUGUGAAAGUCCAGUCCACAGUGGAUCCAACACAUCAGCGAAAGUCCAGUCCAUAGUGGGGCCAGCAGGAACCAUCCCGAGCGGAGACGGGUCAGCAGCGUAGAGAUGUCCCCAACCGAUGCACAGGCUAGCGAUCCACCCCGGGUCCCGACUCUGGACAACCAGCACUUCAUCCGUGGCCACCGGACCUGUGCAACUCCCCCUCCAUAAGGGAGAGGGAAGCAGAGGAGAAAAGAAAAGAAAAGAAACGGCAGAUCAACUGGUCUAAAAAGGGAGUCUAUUUAAAGGCUAGAGUAUACAAAUAAGUUUUAAGAUGAGACUUAAAUGCUUCUACUGAGGUAGCAUCUCUAACUUUUACCGGGAGGGCAUUCCAUAGUACUGGAGCCCGAAUAGAAAACGCUCUACAGCCCGCAGACUUUUUUUGGGCUCUGGGAAUCACUAAUAAGCCGGAGUUCUUUGAACGCAGAUUUCUUGCCGGGACAUAUGGUACAAUACAAUCGUCAAGAUAGGCAGGAGCUUGACCGUGUAGUAUUUUAUACGUAAGUAGUAAA